ACGGAAACUCGAAAAGGUCAAUUUCCGUGACAGAAGCCUGUAGCGCGAAGGGAACAAUGAUGUCGGAGCAGGAGGCUCUGAAGAGGAACCGCGGCGGAGUGCAGCGGGUGGAAGGAAAACUACGCGCCAGUGUGGAGAGAGGAGACUACUAUGAGGCCCAUCAAAUGUAUCGGACCUUAUUCUUUAGGUACACAUCUCAGUCCAAGCACACAGAAGCCCGGGAGCUGAUGUACAAUGGAGCCUUGCUUUUCUUUAGUUAUAACCAGCAAAACAGUGCUGCAGAUCUGUCCAUGCUUUUCCUGGAGGCUUUAGAGAAGUCCAAGGCCAAGGUAGAAGAGGAUAUCCUGGAGCAACUGGUCAAGCUGUUCAGCAUGAUGGACCCCAACUCUCCCGAGAGGGUGGCGUUUGUCUCGCGGGCGCUCAAGUGGACGACGGGCGGCUCAGGGAAGCUCGGAGACCCCAAAUUACACCAGCUGUUGGCUGUAACACUGUGGAAAGAACAAAACUACAGCGAGUCUCGAUACCACUUCCUGCACUCCUCAGACGGCGAGGGCUGCGCUCAGAUGCUGGUGGAGUACUCGUCCACUCGCGGCUAUCGCAGCGAAGUUGACAUGUUUGUGGCUCAGGCAGUCUUACAGUUCCUGUGUCUAAAGAACAAAACGAGCGCGUCGGUGGUGUUCACCACAUACACACAGAAGCACCCGUCCAUAGAGAAAGGCCCUCCUUUUGUGCAGCCGCUUCUCAACUUCCUCUGGUUCCUCCUCUUGGCGGUAGACGGUGGGAAGCUGACAGUCUUUACAGUAUUAUGUGAACAGUAUCAGCCAUCGCUCAAGCGGGAUCCCAUGUACAAUGAGUACCUGGACAGAAUAGGACAGCUUUUCUUCGGCGUUCCACCCAAACAGUCCUCAUCAUACGGUGGCCUACUAGGGAAUCUGUUGAACAGUCUGAUGGGGUCGGGUGAGGAAGAGGAUGGUGAGGAAGUUCGUGAGGACAGCAGCCCCAUCGAGCUGGAUUGAACAUCGCACACCUCCAACACAACCUCUGACUCAGAGAAAACAAAAGAACUGAAUCAAACUCAACUUUUUUUUUUUGACCACAUGUCCUGGAAUAAGUAGCUGCAGUUUUUUUGUUUAUUUUUUUAUUUCUUUGCUCAUGUGUGUAGUUUUCAGAAAAGGCGACUGACGCAACUUCUGGACUACACCUACUUCACCCACACCAUCGCCUCUCACUGAGAAAAAAAAAAAACGAUGAAUAAAUAAACUGCCAUAAAAAUGGAAGAACAUCUGAAGCGUAGUGAUGACAGUCCACUUGCCCGGACAGGAGAAGUUCUGAUUAAUUAUUAGCAAUGCAUCAAUACUGAUACAGGGCUCAGGUAUCAGCCACACACUGUUCUCCUUCGCUCGUAGAAAUGCUCGGAUGCCAGAUGAUACUGUAAAAUCAGUUAGUGUACGUUAAGAGCGCAAUAAUGAACAAAUGACAGGAAAUGAUCACAGCAAACUGUGAAAAUAUUAACUACAGCAGCUUCCUCCAGGAAAAAUGAUGAAUUAUAGGUACAGCCUUUAAACAGUGUGUUUAAUAACGAGUGUGAGGACAGGUGAACUUUAGCGCUGAGAAACAGUUGUGUGUGUUUUAGCCCUGAGACACCCCACUUCCACAGGUCGAGGUGCAGGUCACACUCGCUGAUUAAUCCUAAAGCCAUGGUUUAGAACUGACACAUGGCUUUAACACGAACAAUGAUGUUCACAUGCUCGCCUGUGUACUUUAUGUACUUUACAGUGUCAUGUGGCACACUACUGCCCCUACUGGUCAUGUUGGUUUCACAGCACACAGACAUCUAGAGGGAGUUUGUGUCGAUUUGAGGACAAGAGCGUCGCUUCAGUAUCAGGACCCAGAUUGAUGUCCCCCCCACGCCAAAAAAAAACAAAAAAACCCAACAAUGCUAUCAAUGCAUCUUUAAUUAAUACUUGUAUAAUUAAAGUAUAAGGAAUUAGUAAUCAGAACAAAUACUCAGUAUCCUUGUCACAGGUGUGUGUGUAUGUCCAUUGUACCACAGAGGUGUUUGCUGUAUCUUUACAUUCUGAUCAAACUUCAGCAUUACUCCUGUUAAUACUGUGUGUGUGAGAGAGACAUGUGAGUGGGCUUUGAAGAAUUAUUUAAUUUUGUUGUCCUCAGUCUGAAGCAGAUGCUUUGACGUUUGCAAGAACUCAGUAAAUAAAAAGUAAAGGGGUGAA